AUGAGUUUUCAAGAUCUUAAAGCAGGACGACCGAUAAAUUCAAAGCGAGGUCUUCUAAACAGCAAUCAAGAUCCUACGCAAGUCGUUGCUUCUGGUAUUUUUCAGAUUAACACUGCUGUUUCUACUUUCCAUAGACUUGAAUUAGAAUUGAUUACUGCAAUGACCAUUUCAGACGGAAGACAAACGGAAGACAAGACUACACAUUACACAAUUAAACUGGCUAAUGAUUUUCAAUUAGUUUUGCAAGAGUUUCAAAAAGCUCAAAGGCUUGCAGCUGAAAAGGAGACUGCAAUUACUUUUACCCAGCUGGACGAUCGCCGAGCCAGGUUUUUGACAAUCGAUGAUUAUGUUCGCUGGUUCUUCCUAUUCUGUGACGCCACUAUUUCUAUGCAAAUUUCACAUCUGUUUCAGGUUUCUUGA